UGUCAUGUUUGCCGUUUAUCGUGUCAUUUUUAAGUUUGACGACCGUUAAAUGUUAUGUUUUCUUGACAGGCGUUUGUUUUUAUUUUUACACUGAAUAUUUCUGUAAAGAAUGAUUUUAAGGAAUUUAGAAUCUGACAAAAGAAAAAUUUAAUGAAUAAAGGAGGAAAGAUGAGCACAUUUAACACUCUCUUGCGUAAAGCUUCUAGCCUGCUAAAAAUAGGUGGGAUUGAUGCCUCUCCUCAAAAGAUUGUGCAGGAUUCAGAAUUUAUAUUUUGCAAAAAUAAUGUGUGUGUGCAUUCGCCUAAUACAUUGAGAGCAGAAGACACUUCACACCAUCCUGGUUACCUUACAAUACGCCAACAAACAGAUGAGGUUCUAGGCUCUACACUUAUACUCACAUGGAUACCUAAUACAACUCUGAAAAAGAAUCCACGUAGUUUAGAAAACAAAACCCCUGAAAGCUCACCAUGCAGAAGUUCUUUUAGUAGUACAUGUCCAAGUCCCAGUCUUAGUGGAAGGUCACCUCUUCACUUACCAUUAUCACAAAGUAAUUCAUCAUAUGCUGCUAGUGAAAGAUCAAGUGAGGACUUUAAUCAACUCUGUUGUAAGUCUUAUCAAAGAAUAUCUGCUGAUGAUAAUGCUGACAGAAGAAGUAUUAGUUCAACCAUAUCAGAUAUGGGCAGUCCUAGAGAAGAUUUUGGAAGCCUGGAAAGUUUUUCCAAUAGUGAUCAUACUGAAAUGACACCAUCUACUAGUUCUCAGUUGAUAUCAGCUGAUAUGAAUGAUUUAGAUAACUGUGAACAGCCUAGCGAGGAUUCAAAAAGUGAUUUGAAUGACAAGACAAAAGAGAAUUCUGUUAGCAAUGAUGGGGGUUUACAAAGCCAGACUGAUUCUGGUAUUGGCCCUGAAGAAGUUAUAGCAGCACUUGAGAAAAUGAUUUGUGGCCUUAAUGACAUUGAAACCUCUAAAAAAGAUUCAAAGGAUGAUGGAUACAGUGAGAGUACUUCAAGAAGUAUUGAUAUAGGAUUAACAGAUGAAAACACCUGUAAUGAAGUUCGUGAGAUUAAUGACAAGGAGCUGGUAAAAGUAGACACAAAUCAAGAAGAUGGAAUUGAUGCUGACAUUGCUCUUGCUGCUAUUGUAAAUGCUGAUGUAGAAAAUGCAUCAGUGCCUUUGAAUGCUCCUGAUAUAAAUGUGAGUCCUGUAGAUUCUCGAAGUACUUCUACAACUCCUACCACAUCUAACCGAGAUCCUGAAUCUCUUCCAUUGACACCUGAACAUUCCUCUCCUCCUUCACCUAAACACCAAAUGGAUAAAUUUUUAUUUGUUGAAGGAACACCUGAAUCUCUUGCUCAUGCUCAUAAUCUCAAUUUUCCUGAAGAUUCUUCCCAGGGUGCCAAUAAAGUAUCAAGAAGGGAAAGCAGUUAUGGUGUAUUCUCUGUUGAUUUAAGUCAGAUGCGUUCUUUGCAUCUACUGUACAACAACAAAGAAUGUACGUGUGGUCAGUUAGUAAUAGCUAGUCGUGAAAGUCAAUACAAAAUUCUUCAUUUUCAUCAUGGUGGACUUGACAAAUUAGCUAAAGUUUUUGAAGAUUAUAAUUUUCUUUCUAAGUCUAAAAAUAAGUCAAAUGGUAGCUGUCAGUACUGUCAGUUUUCUGUUAGUCGCCCAGAGAUAUCUGCUGCUGAAUGCCAUCCAGAAGAGGGCAUCUACAGCACUGUAGAUGAACAAAGAUGGCGAAGUUUUAUGAGUGAGGAGGGUAUUGUUGAAGAUGAACUUCAAUUAAGAAAGGAAAUAUUUUUUGCUGGAUUGGAUAUUAAGUUGCGCAAGGAUGUGUGGCCGUUUUUAUUGCACUAUUAUAGUUUCCAUUCUACAUUUGAUGAAAGAGAGCAAGUACGCAAUGAUAAAUAUAUAGAAUACCAAAGUAUAAGACGAAAAAGAGAUCAAAUGUCUCCAAAUGAGUGUGAAAUAUUUUGGAGAAAUAUUCAAUGCACUGUUGAAAAAGAUGUUGUACGUACAGAUAGAAGCCAUCCUUUUUUUGCUGGUGAUGAUAAUCCUAAUAUUGAGGUUAUGAAAAACAUUUUGCUAAAUUAUGGUUUUUAUAAUCCAAAAAUUGGAUAUACACAAGGAAUGUCUGAUUUGUUAGCUCCAAUUCUUGUUGCUGUGCAAGAUGAAUCUGAAGCAUUUUGGUGUUUUGUUGGUUUAAUGCAAAGAACUAUUUUUGUUACCUGCCCUAAAGACUUUGACAUGGAUGUCAAUUUGAAUUACUUGAGGGAGUUAUUUCGAAUAAUGAACAACAAAUUUUAUCUUCACUUGAGAUCUGCUGAUGCUCUGGAUUUACUUUUCGUUCAUCGGUGGAUCCUUUUAUGCUUUAAAAGAGAAUUUCCAGAGGCCGAAGCUAUGAAAAUGUGGGAAGCAUGUUGGGCUCAUUACCAAACAGAUUAUUUUCAUCUUUUCAUUUGUAGUGCCAUAAUUUCAAUUUAUGGUGAUGAUGUUAUCGCACAAUCUCUUAGAGCUGAUGAGAUGAUGGUGCAUUUCAGUAGUCUAGCUAUGCAUAUGAAUGGGGAUCUUGUUUUAAGAAAGGCAAGAGGUCUUCUGCAUCAAUUUCGAUUGUUACCUAGAAUACCAUGUACUUUAUCAAAAUUAUGUGAGCUAUGUGGACCUGGUAUGUGGGAUAGUGGGCAUGUGCCGGUUAUUGAUUGCUCAGGAGGUCAUGGAGAUCAUUCUUGUCCGUAUGGUGGUCAAGAUUCUACACUUGAGACAUUAUAAAUGUGCUGUAAUUUUUUAAGAAACCAAAGAUGUAGUUGAAAGCCAAAAGAUAUUGUUUUGGAUUAUCAUUUUAAUUAAAUGCAGUUGUUUAAGUAAUUCAUAGAAAUGAAAUAAAAAUGCAAAAUUUAUUUUCUUGUCUUUAAAAAGUACAAACUAACUUUUUAUAGGACAAAUACAUUAAUCAUCACUGAAUAUUUAACUAAGGUAACCAGUUGUGUAUGCAUCUGCAUUUCUGUUGGAUGUUGACUAAGAUUAUCUCUGCUUGUUUUUAAUGUAUUCUUUUAUUAUUAUUUGUUAUUAAUAUUUUUAUUAAAUAGUAGGGAAAUAUGUUUAUAAGAAAAGGGUUUUAGUAGAAAAUUGUUUUUGCAUUUUGCAGGUAAUUCUGUAAGUUCGAUUAAACAUACUAUAUUAUUAGCAUGAACUUGAACCUGCCUUUUUUAUUAUUCUCAUUUUCAGGCUAGAGGUUUGCAUUUUUGUAUAAAAAUUACAAAUUGUUGCAUUUUUAUUGUAUUAUAAUAUUUUAUUUCAUUUUAAAUUUCUUGUUUUAACUCAAUUCAAAUUUUACUUCUUUUUUUACUGUGCAUAGAUUUUAAUUUCUUUAUUCCAUAUAGUAUUAUGAACAAAGAAAAUAAUAUAUGGUAGACUAUUAUUAAUUGUGCCAAUACUGUUUAGAGAAUUUAUGAUAAAUUAUAUUAUUGUUGUUAUUUAUAUCACAUGUACGUUUUGUAUUUUGAUAUAUAUAUUAUAUGCAGUAUUUUGAAGAUGACCAUUUAUUGUUCCUUUUUGGAUUAGAUUAUUUUAUGUAUCUAAGUGGUAAUUAGAACAAGUUAUUCUGCCAAACUGCAAAAUGGAUUGUGUUCCCAAGUUUGUAUAGAAUGCUUCUGAUAAUUUUAUUUUUCAUCCUGAUGAUCUAAACAUUUAGUAUCAUAUCAUGUUUGAUUUUAGUUAAAAGAUGUGUAAUUUUCUUAAUAUUAAAAGAUCACAUAUGAAAUAUUGGAAUUAUUUUUCAGUUUAAUAUUUGUAAAUUUUGCAUGUAUGGUUCCAAUAAUUUAUUCAUAAAAUUUUAAUCUUUUUAUCUUGAUAAUAUUUGAGCUAUAUUUUUAAUAGGAAAAGCAGUUUGCAUAUGUGAGUAAGCUUUCCAUGUUUUACUAUGACUAGCAUUAAUUACAGAAGAUAUUGUUUUUAUCUUGAAUAACUGUUUUAGUGAAUAAGAAAGUUAAAUAAACAAAUGAGAACUCAUUUAUGGUGCUCGAAAGGCCGCUAUUGCAAUAAAUUUUCAAUAUUUCAUGGUUCAAAAGGAAUAAAAUUUUUAAAAUGAAUCUCCAAACUUAUUUAGAAAGUGUCAUUUUUAUUAUACAUAUUUAAUGCUGUAGUUGUAAACUGAUAUUCUCUUUAAGCAUUAAUAUUUUUAAUUUUCUGUUCAAUUUGCAAUUUUUCUCCCCCUUUUUGUAUUUUUUUGUUGGUGUUGUAUGCAUGUGUGUGUGUAAGAAGCAAACAGUAAUGAAUACUAUUAGUAAGCUGUUGAGUAAGUGCAAGGUUUUGCAGCAUUUUAUCUGUGUAAUAUAGUAUUCUUUGUGACAAGUGUUUCUAAUUCCUUGUAGUAAAGCUUAGCAAAAAGUAAGUGGAGAUAACUGAUAAAAGAUUUUAUCAUAAUCUGUGCUAUCUCUACAAUCUAUAUUUCUGUCUUAAUCUUUGCUGUUGUAUUGAGCUUCCAUCCUGCUCUUAUUUUUUUCCUAUUGUGAAGAUUGCUUUAUAUGUUGAUAACAGUAAAAUAAUACCGAGUAAUAAUUAAACUAAUUAAAUGAUAAUUUAUGCAUAAUCUAAUAAUAAUACCAGAUAAAUAUUUGUAUAAAAUUGUACAAUGUUUUUUGCACAUCCAUACCAAGUAUACUUAUAAUUCUUUAUUGUUUUAUUUAUCAUACAGAAUUAACUUCUGUGCUGCAUCAUUUUAUUUCCAUUUAUUUCAUGUAAUCCUGAAGUAAUAAAUAUGAAUUAAAGUAUUGAAUUUAAGAAAAAUGUAACAAUCAUCUAAAGAAAAAGAACAUAUUUUGUUUUUAUAAGAAAAUCCAAUGCAGCAAAUAAAUCAGUUGUGUCAAAAUCAAAAUAUAAAAAGGUAAAUAAAGAGACUAUGAAUCCAAAAUACAUGAAAACUUACAGCUCUAGUGUCUGAUGUAUGUAUUACUUUUAACCAUCUGAAAGUGUACAGUUGAGCUAAGUUUUCACUAUGCAUAGUUUGAGAAAUGCUAGUUUAGAAAGUUGAAAGGUUUCUGCUUUUACUAAAAAUGAUCUUUUUCUCUCUCCUUAUUAUAUAAUAUUUGAAUUUGUAAAUUGAGAAAAAUUAGUGAUUGAUCAGAUUUCCUUUCUACUCGUAUGUUGAAAUAUUCUUACAGUUUGUCAAAUGAGAGACAAAUUAAUUGCAAUAAGGGAAUUAUGCAACAAUUAUAAGAGGCUGCAGGUAAUAUUAUAUAUAUAUUACACACACACACUGUGUGCAUAUUUUCUGUCUCUCUAUAUAUAUGUAUGUACAAAAAUGAAAAAUGUGUGCUUGUAUGUGUGUUAUAUAUGCACAAAGUCUGUACCAAAAUUUAUAUAAUUCAAAGAAACUGCAUUUUUAGCUUUAAAGCAAAUUUUUGAGUCUGUUAAAUUCGAAAUAGUUAAAAUACAUAUGGAAAAAUUAUUAAAAGUAAUAUUGAAGUGAAUAAUUUUACUGUUAAGUAGAUUUAAGGCCAGAAAAUAUAAUACAAAGCUCUGAUUAAUUUAAUCAAUGUUUAUGUUACAUGAAACCCAGAUUAAUCAAUUAUGGAAGCUGCAUGUUGUAGAUGUAUACUGAUUGCCAUGUCAGUAUGUUUUCUGGGUAGUGUUUAACAAUAAACGUGGUGCUAAGAACAUAGUAUGCUUGUAUGUGUGUCAAGAAUGUGCAGUCAAGAUAGGCAGGAAUACAGCAAAUCACACUUGGGCUUCUUGCCUAAGGGAAGCAGUAUUUUUAUGCAGGACUUUCUAAGAGAAACUUGCUCGUAUUCAUGUUGUAUGUGGGGAAAAUGAACUGUGCAGCUAGUCAGUUCUUCUGGGCUCAAACCCAGAACAAUCUACCAGUAUUCAGUAGUCUUAACCACUUGCCCUGUGGUCGGGAGGUAGCAUACAUAUCUAUGUACAAUUAUGAAUUUUAUAAUGUUAUGUUUUAUAUGUAUAUUGUUUAUGAGUUUUAUUAAGUGAAAUCUACUUUGUUUGCUGCAGUGCUUUGCUUUAGAUCCCUGAUAUAUGCAGAUGCAAGUUAUUGUAACCUACAUGCAUAUAGUUAUUCUGGGGGGGGGAAGAAGAGGCUAAGAAAAGAGUCUUAGAGGAAAAUAAUGAAUAAUAACACUUAAAUAUGCAUGUAAUUAUUCAUAUUUAAUUUAUAAAUUAAUAAUGAUACCUAAAUAUUCAUAGUUAUUUGCUGAAAAAAAAUUUCAAAACCUUUUGUGACCUUCUCAAAAUUGUCUCAUUACCCCCACUUUGGGAACCCCUUGAUAUAAAUAUUCAAAUAUAUUUAUAUAUAUAUAUUUUGGUCUGCAUAUAUGACUAAAUCUUUUCUUUGCUUAUUAUCAUAAUAUUCUGAAAAUAUGUGAAUUGUUUAUAGAUUGGCAGCAUGUUCUUAUCAUCAUAUUUUUUCUCCUGGAAAGUUAAAUGUAAUUUUUUUAAAAAUUAUUUCUAUAUAAGUUUCAUACUCCAGAUAAAAAUGAGAGUUGAUUUUUACAAAUUAUUUUAUAGUAAUUUGUUACUCUUUAAGGUAUUAAAGAUUUGAAACAAAAUGCUUUACAUGGUAGUGAAUUGUUAGCAAAAUUUCACCAUAGAAACUGCGUUUGAGCUUAUGUGUUUUGCAAAUUUAAUCCGAGCCAAAGGCUUAAUUUUUCUUAAGUUUCUGUUCCUAAUAAUGCACAUUAGGGUAACAUAAUGGAUAUAUAACAUUGUAUUUUGUAAGGACCUUUCAGUUAUAGAUAGUGUAAGAAAGAUUGAAUAAUCCAUUAUAUAUAUAUAUAUACAAAAUAAAACACGCAAAAAUUUAUGGGUAUAAUCAAAUGCCAUUCAGUGUCUAGUACAUCUCUUAUGAUCAAGUGUGGUUUUUGCUAGUCAUUUCUUUAUUUUUGAAACAGUGCAUGUAAGUCAUUUCAAAGAACUUUUAGUGUUAAUGUGUAAUAUUAUCUAAGUAGCUGUUUGAACUUUUUUUUUUUUUUUUUUUUUUUUUUUUGUAUUGAUUUAUAGAAUAAACUGUCUGACAUCUACAAUAUUAUGCAAAAGUAGUAGAACAAUGUCUUCCCUCCUGCUCUUUCAGCCCUUAAACUAUAAUCAUUGUAUUAGCAUAUUGUAUAUGCAUCUUGAUAUUUAUUCCAUUUUUAUGCAAACAUUAUCAUUGACAAAAUAUAUAAGAAAGAUAAGUAUUUUAUUUCUCUAGAGAAUUUAAGUUCAUGCUAGCAUGUCACUUUUUGAAUCACAGAUAUUUUGCAGUUUGAUUUAUUGAAAAUGGCACAUUUUUUAUAUAUUUUAUGCUUAGACAUUUGAUUAGAAUUAAAAACAUUCAGUAUUUUUCUUUAUAUUUUUGUGUCAAAGAAUAAUGUUUUGGUAGUUGCAAGAUUUUUAAGAUGCAAGAUCUUUAAGUAGUACAGUUUUCUCAAAUAAGUUUGAAGGACAUUGUUGAGAUAAGAAAAUGAAUAAAAGUCUUGAGAAAUGCUUGCUAAAGAGUUCUGUAAAUGGUUAAAAUUUCUAUGUAAAAUAGUCAGACAGCUUGUAUUUUAUGGGAUUUUAUUAAAAUUGAACAAUAAUCUUUAAAUACUGGUUUGUCUUAGAACUAAUGUAAUUCUAAUAAUUUGCUAAAUAUGGAAUCAACACAUGUGAAUUCCUCUUCUAUUGUUUCCAAAAUUGACACUUUAUUCCUCUUCUGGCUGUUUCAAGUUCACCUCUUCAAUCAGUGCAGGGAGGAGAAAAAGAACUUUCACAUGUUGCUAUUUACUUUUUUACACUUGCCUUGGAGCAUGAGGGAAAGUAAAUAUAGUGAAGUAAAAGAUUCGUUUUCAGAUGGAAAUGGCCAGUAGCUGCAAGUGUUAUUAUGUGAAAAGUUAUAGAGACAUAAAGUGCUCGCCAAAUACUGUAAGAUGUGCUCUGGUCGAAGAAGAAGGAACUGAUACUUUCAAAAAAGAUAAAGAAAAUAAUGUCCAAGAAGAUUUACUAGCAUUGAUGUCAGAUUUAUUUGAUUAAAUAAAUUCAGAGGUUAGGGAAUGAUUGCAAAAUUAUGCAAAUGGUCAACAGAUCUUUUCCUGGAAUGGAAAGUCUAUAAAUUAUCUGUUUUAAAACAUAUGUGUGGAAGAAUUUAUACUAACCAACAAGUACUUUGCAAGCAAAAAUAAAUAAAGCUGUCUGCUUUAUUAAAAUUUUUGUCUUACAUAGUAUCUAAAGAUUGGACAGCUGAACAGUGGAUAAAUGAAUCUAAACCUGGAGUUUUUGUUACAAAAUGGAUGCAAUAUUAGACAAAGGCCAUGUGCAUAACACAGUCAAGUAAGCUUGUUGAGAGCAUAAGGUGCAGUCAAAUAAGCACCUCGCAAUGGAACACAAAAAUUGUACUGGUCUUGUUUGGGCCACUUUAGUGCUGAAGAAACUAAAAAUCUCUGCAAAUUUGAAAACAUGCAUACAGUUAAUAUGCAUAUAGUAAGGCAAAUUUAUCUUCAAAUUGUUAUCUUUCAUGCUGUAUCAAGUGGAUUUUAGCGUAUUGGAUUGUAAUGUAUCAUGUAGUAUUGAUUGAGUUUCAGCUGUUAUUGAAGAUUUUGUUAUCAAUAAGAUAAUCUCGAAGCUUACCUUUGAACUCUGUAAAAAUUCUGUGUGGGGGGGGGGAGGAAAAAAGAGAAAAGCAGCAGUUGGCAUAAACAGACCUUGCACUGUUUACACAGAGCUUGUAUCUCAGUUAUAGUAAAUAAAUGUGGGAUUUUGUAAGUCAUAUGUUUGAAAAAUCCACGAUUAUAUCUAAAGAUUAAUUUUGAGAGCAAGUAUAACAAGUUUGGGAAAUAGUUUUACAGAAAUGUUUUCAGAAUUAAUCCCUUUGGUUGCAGGGAAUUCUAAAGUUGUGAUCAAAACAAACAUGGAGCCUGCACUAGGCUUUUCAAUGCCCAGUGUUAGACAACUCUUAAAUUCUGACAUUCAUUAUCUCCCUAAUUUCUUAAAGUUUGCAGCCCUUAAAUUCUGCAGUAUUGGAUACUUCAGCUUUGGCACGCUGAAUAAACCUGAUUUCACACAAAGUAUGUGGACAGUAGUUCAACAUAAAUAAUGUUGUUAUGAAUAAAGAGAACAUACUAUUGUUAAAAUAGUAGUUAUUGAUGAAUUAAAUCAAUAAAAAUAUUUUUACUUUUAAUGGUAUAUGUUUGGUGAUAUAACGUUCCUCUUUAAAUAAUUGCAAGAAGUGUGAAAGAAGACUUUAUUCUAUCACUUUUUCAUGGUAGGUUAGGUACUUUGUUAUAUAACGUUUAGUAAUACUGCAAUAUAAGAACAUAGAGUUUUGAUUGUUAUGCUAAUAUAAUCUAAUUUCAUGCUGUUAUAUUAAUAUAAUCUAAUUUCAUGUUGUCUGUAUUAUAAUAUUAGUCUUUUUUUAUAUGUAUUUUUCUUUUUUUGAUGAUGUGAAUAUUAUUUAUUGUAAGCUAUAUUAUAUUUACAUCUUUAAAUAGAGUCUUUCUGAAAUCUAGAAAAUAAUAUACAAGUGUAAUCUGUCAGAAUUCCUUUUAAGAUUUUGUAUUCCUCUUUGUUGUUUGUAUAUUGGCAGUAUAUUUGCAGUGUUGAAAAUCUGAUGUUAUACCAGUUAUCCUAUCAUAUGUGAAAAAAAUUUAGUUUUGCAUAAACAGUUUUUUCAAAAUAUCAAAACAUAUAUUUUGAAAAUUAACAUUUCAUGUGUGUUUUAUAUCAGAAAAUACGAUUUGAUAUGUAUAUAUGUACAUGUGAAAAUUUUUAUUGUAUUUUCAGGCCAUUUCUCAGUUUAGAUUGAUUUUCAAAAAUGUUAUUUUAAGUAAUCAACUUAUUAAUUUAGCUUAAGACUCAAAAUACUCUUCAAGAUUUAACUUCUUUUGAAUUGUAAGAUAUAGAUGUACAAAAUUAUUAUAUGAAAUCCAUUCAAAUUAUAUGUGUAAAAAUAUUUCUUUAAAAUGAAAUUCCUGUUCGGUUUUAGUGUAAUGUAUUUAAUAAAUGGGUUUAUUUUCUAACUCUUCUGAUUGGUAUACAAGUAGCAUUUAUAUCGUUUUAAUUACUUAUGCAAUGUACUAAAGUAAUUUUGAAAAAAAAAAACCAUAUGUUUUUGUUACAUUUUUAUGCACUUUUAAGAAUUUUUCUUAUUUAUUAUCAGUCAGGGAAAAAUCAGUUUAAUUUACACAAAAAUAACAGGAAUUAGAUGUGUUCCUUGCUAAUUUUGUCUAAUUACUCGUAUAACUAGUUGUAUGUGCACUUUUUGUGUCAUUUAUCUUAAAUCUAUGUCAUAUUCUGAGGUAAUAUUCUAAUAAAUUGUUUUAUGGUAUGCUAGUUAUUGAUCUAGUUUUUAUUAGUGACUAUUAAAUAAUUUACCUUUUGUAUAGAAUUUAAAUGAUCUAUAGAGUGGGAUGUCAUAUGUUUUUCAAAUGCUCAAAGUAUGAAUGAUAUUAAUUUAAAUUUCUGCUUUUACAAAGGUAUUCGGUUGUUUCAAAAAAUGUAUACAGUUAAAGAUCUCAUUUUUAAGCAAUGUUUUAUUCCUAUCUUGUUUUUAUAAAUCUUUUAUUUUAUUUUAUUCUGGUUUUAUUAUUCAUUAACCUGUAUUGUCCCAACAUGAAUUAAUCAUAAGUAAUAGAGGUUUUAGAUUCAUGAAAUAUUGUUUCUUCUUUCCAUAUUUUCGUACUUUACUGCUUCUCCAAAACAUAUAUCUUUAUGUAAGAUUACUUCUGCAGUACAAUGUAUAGUUUGUUUUCACCGUAUAUUAAUAUAUGUAAAGCAGUAUAUUGAUGUAUUCCUUCAUUACUGUUAUCUAUCAGUCAUUCAAGCUGUGAAAAAAUAGUGAAAUCGUUAGGCACUGCAAUAUCAGACUAUUACUAGUUUCUUUUGUUCAUACUUGUUACUAAUUUGAAGCUGUUUAUUAGUUGAUAUAACAAAUUAAUUUCUUUAGUGAAGAUAAGUUCAUAAAUAAAAGCCUUUUUGAAUAUUUUAUUUGUGUGUUUUCUAAUUACACUGCUGGUUCAUUUUAAAUGUUCAUUCAAAAUAUACUGAUAACCAAUGCUGUAGAGGGGGGUCUAGUACAAAUUACUGAGGCCUGGAACUUUGAAAAUGCUUGCUUUGAGGGUAGCCUCGUUUUUUGAAAUAAGAUUUCAAGAAACAUGGCAUGACAAACAGGCACCUAUUCCUUUUUUAUAGAUAAAGUUCACAAAUUAAAAUAACUGAGAAGUAAAAAAACUGAAAGACUGAGUUAAAAUAAUUAGCAAAAAUGUUUUGCACAGUAAAAUUUGUUUUUCUAGUGAAAUGUGCUGAGUUAUGGAGCUUUUAAUCUUAAUUUAUUUUUUCUUUUAUUUGUUAAAAUAGCACUUUUAAAAAUUUUAAGCAAAUAUGCAUUAUUUUUAAUGAAGUAAUGACUCAUUUAGUUUUUCUUAUAUUACUAUCCUAAGAGCCUGCACCACAAUCACUACCAUGAUCUACAGAUUCUCUCUAUGGCACUGUGAUGUGUUAUUGGUUUUUGCUAUAUUUAUAUAUUUCUCAUCUCGUUCAUUCCUUUUAAUUCUUGAAUGAAUUUUGUUAUUUUAUGGAAAAUAAUUUUUGCAUUUAUUGUAUUCUUUUAAUAUACUAUAAGAACAAUGGAAUUUGGGUUUCUAAAUAAUUCAUGAUAUUUUUCUUUUGAGAGACAAAAGUAUAGUUUUGUAUCUGAACCAUGCAUAUUGCAAAUAAUGUUAGCAAUAAUUUAAAAAUGCUGUCCUGUUUGCAUGUUUUAUAUCUGUGUAAUUAACUAUAUUUACAAUUUUAUAUAUUUGAUUUUCUGAUAUAUUUUAUAUGUGCAUAGUUUAUGCCAAUUAUUAUGAAAAGUAAUAGCAUAAUUUUUUUGUAAUUCUCUUUCAAAUAUUUUGGUAAUUUAUUUGAUUGAAAAAGUGAUUUUUUAUAAAAUGUUAUUAACAUAUUAUUCUAACCAAAUGAAAGAAGUUAAUAUUUUAUGUGAAUCAUACCGCAACAAAUGUAAGUAUUUUGUGUAAUACAUUAUUGCCCUUCUGGGUAAAUUAUUAGUAAUUCAUUUAACCUUUCAAGAAGGAAAAUUAUAGUCUACAAAAUAGUUAAGAAGUUUUUUUGCAUUCCAGUAAACUGUAAUUGGUUAUCUGUAUUCCUAAUAAAAUUUAAGCAUUGAAACUGUAGUAUAAUGUGAAAAAUUUUAUUUGUUGCCAUUUUAAAUGUGAAUUUAUUCUAGUCAAUGAAAUGUGUCAUGAAUACGUACAGUAUUGUAAGCUUGUAUAUAUAUUUCUGUUAAAUUGUUCUAUGUGCAAUAUAGCAUUACAUUAUAUAUAUAUAUAUUAUGAUGCAACUAACUAUUUUGACUUCCAUUAAUUAAUUUAUAGUCAAUAAAACCAUCUUGCAUUUGAUCUGUUCUUGACAAGUAAACAUUAUAUUCAUUCAUUCCCUGAUUGAAUAUUCUCUUUAUUAAAAUAUAAGUUUUAUCUCUUAAAUAAUUAGAAAUUUUUCCUUUGCCAUUUUAGUAAUUUGUUAACCUUUAACUGGUACAUAGAGUAGUUUAUUUUUAACUAAUGCAGCCAGCUCAUCUGAGUUAUGAAUGAAUUAUUCACUAUUGUAAGUUAGACCAUUAAUAAAAUUAAAUUAUUUUUAAAUAUGCUAUCCAAAUACAUGUGGAUUAUAUAAUUGUUAAUCAUAGAAAUUAUUAACAAAUAUAUAAUCUGUGUUUAAUAAAAAAAGGAGAUAAAAUAGAUAUGGCUUUAUCUUGAUAAUAAAAUAAUUGCUAGGUAAAGUGUGAUACUUGGAAUUGCAGUUGAAGUUUAAGUCAAUGCAAAUGUUUUUUAAGUCUUUGAUAGUUUUUAAAUUGUAGAUUAUGGAGAUCAAUUUAUUAUAUUGCAAUAGACUUUGUAAUAUUUGAAUCAUUUAGAAACAAAUUAUAUUUGUGUUAAUUUAUGUAAUAAGCUAAUAAUAAUAUGGGUUUUACACAUAUAUUCUCACAUGCACACACUCAGAUAUGUUACAAUGAUUUUCAGUUAUUAUUCUGUAUAUUAAAUUUGGUUUGUUUUAGUUAUCAGGGAAUAUUCAAUUUUAUAACCAUGAUUUUAAAAAUUAUUAAGUGCAGUGUUAUAAGGGGGUAACAUUUUAUUGUUUUACCAUUACAAGCAAUGCUGUGUUGCACUAGACAAUAUACUGAACAUAAAACAAUGUUUAGAAAUACUAAUUGAUCAUGUUAUUAGUUCUUUAUUUCGCACACACGUCUUUCUGUUCAGUGAAUAAUGUUUUCAAAUUUGUGAUCUUAAUGCAAAUUAAAUCUUUUAUUGUAAUGUAUGAAGUUGUUUUUGAUGAAUAAAUAUAUUUUAGAUGUUU